GCUCGGCAUGGCGAUGGAUUCGAGUGCAGCGCGCGACAGCCGGCGCGACCAGCCGCAUGCAAGCUUCGCGCCGAGACACGAGUCGCGCGUCGACGCCCGAGAUGUACGUAGAGUGUGGCGGCAGUGACGAGCGCGCGACCCGCCGUAGGUCGAAUGCGGCCGUAGCGCUGGCCGAUCUGGACGCGCAAGCGUAUGAUGCCGUGGCGCUCACGAUGCUAGAUAUCGUGGCGUCGCUCUCAGCGUCGUCGCAGCUGCGAAGUAUCGUCCCGCUCAUUGCCGAGCUCACGGACAAGGCUGCGUCGACGACGGGCGGCGUCCAGGAGGCCAACCUUGACGUGCUUGUUGCGAUUCUCACCCGCGUCGGCGCCAAGGUCUCGGCGUUGACAGUGCACGCAGUAGAAGACACCCUUCGCGGCCUCGUCGUCACGGACGACGACCUCCUGCGUGUGCGCGCGGGCAACGGCCUUGCCCACGCGGUCUCGCUCAGCAGCGAAGAACAUGGUGUCGCGAUGGUUGAGAAGCUCGUGCAGCCGUCGACGGAGCUCUAA